AUGCACACGUGUUUCAGUCAUUUUCAAGGAGUGCGUAGACACUCGGACUCUAGCACGAGUCCAGAGGUCGAAGACUUCCUGACGAAAAUCGAAGGAGUACCUUUGCCUGAAAGCUCAAGUGCACGCAUCCACAACGCAUACGAACUUGUUGACUGGUUGCGCUUCGUAAAUACCACACUUCAGCCCCAGGAUAUCGUCCGACUUUCGGUCGUGGUCGAACGCUUCCAUCCUCCUGCUCUCAAGGAUCUAUUCGAGAACCUUCCACCCGCGAAUUCGAAGCUCCUCCAAGUGCUUUCCUUUGAUUGGAUGUUCACGCAAAGCUCUGAAGCUGACAUGGCGAACCAGCAAUGCCGCGAAAUCAUGCUGGAGUGUCUGUUUCUCCGAUCACCAGCGCGGGUUCAGAUUGAACAUGCCGUUUGCAUCAUCGCACAUGAUAUCUGCUCGAUCAUGGAACGGGAAUCUCUUGUGUGCGAUCUGCUGCUUUUGCUAUCCGCGAUCAUGCAGAGGGCACUCGGUGAACUCUCAAAGGAAGAUGGCGCUCGGCUGAAGGAGUUUGUCCUAUUGAGGGCACCAUCUAUCCAUGGCCUGAGCAUGUCUAGAGAUCUGCCUGAUGCCAUGCAAGAAGCUCUAUGUGCGCUUCUCGAUGUGUCUCUUGACCCCAGCAGUGAGGGUGAUAGGACAAUGGUCUCCUCGAUUUGUACGUACUGGACGGAGUGUUUCAAGGCAUCGAUUCGGUCAGGAUCACUGCAGACGGGACGUUCCAUCAAGUUAUGGCUACGUUAUACAGACCCAAACAAUCUUCUUAACAUCAUUGAUCAGGCGUGCGAUGCCAAUAACGUUAACCUUACGCCAUCUGUGCUGGAGGUUCUGGAAUUUGCCCUCGAUACCCUGAGGGGUUCUUUCACAUGUGCUAGUUCGAGGAUCCCUAUUUCGCAGCUCCUCAGGUUAUAUCGGGCAUUGCCUGACUCCGAGGUGCUCGAAGAAAUGAUUGCUGUUGCAGUGACUUCGCAUCUUCCGCCAUGCCAUGACGGGCGGCAUCCACGAGCGAAGACAUCGAACUUUUCCUUAUCACCUCGAUACCUGCCAGCUUCCGGAAGUUCACAAUUGGGCGUGCUGCCCUCUGAUUUCGUCUCGGGGCUGUUUCAAAAGGCGAUUUGGACGGAAUCUACGUCACGCAUUGUGUCCGGGCUGGUUUAUGCACAAUCCGGUGUUGCAAAGGAGUUUGUCGCGUGGUUCAACUCGGGAGCUUGGACGACCAUUCCGUUUGAGCAUCUGUUACCAGCAGUGCAUGCUGUUUUUGAUUCCCUGGGUGGUGACGCCAUCGAUUUGUUUCAUGAUACCGUUACGAUUGCCCUCUUUGAUCGUAUGUUGCCUCAGCGUCGUCACCCUGAGGGCCUGAGACAGUUGUGCAUCCGCUGCAUCUGCAUCCUAAUCAAGGCAGAUUUAACUCGGAAGCAACAGCUCGCCAGCCUGCUACAGAAGAAUAUGCAACGCCUUGCUGUCGACCAAUUCGCCCUCGAAAGCGUAUCCAUUGCCUCUCGCUUGCAAUCAUUUUCCCCGCUGGCCGAUCUCGUGACAGAUUUAUCUGAGCGUGCACUGCAAUGGGCUGUGCGCCAUUUCUCUGGCCCUGAGGGCGAAGAUGAAGAGGACCAAUUGAUUUUAGCCCAAUUAACGAAAAUUGCCAAGCAAGGAUUAAAGGCAAAAACAUACUUCGUAGAGCCUCUAUUGACUACUAUCAUUCAGAAUCGACUUGCCGAUACUGUUGCUCUCGAUAUUGGCAUUGCCUUACUGCAGUGCUCGCCUCUUAAGCCCGUCGUUGUGAAUCGAACUCUGCAGAAUAUACUUCAACACCCUCAGUUCUUUAAACUAUGUGGUUCUGAAGAGUCAUCUCGAAGAGAUCUUAUCAUCCGUUUUAUCGCUGCCCUAUUCCGACUCCACCCCACUAACACAUGUCAGCCUUCACAUAUCAUGCCACUCGUGCGCAUAUACGGCGGAACCAUCUCCGCCUCAGAUCGAAACCUAUUGAACAUUUUCCGUUUAUUCGAGGUUGAAAGGCUGACGCCUAUAUCAUCUAUUCUCGUCAAGUGGUCACCUUCCCCUGGUAUAUCUAUUUCAAGCCAGCUUGAUGCAGUACAAAACAUGGAUCCUAUACGCAUGUUGAGAACCUGUCAUGUGUUCCCGAUAUGGAGACGUAUGUCAGACGAACAGGAGGACGAGAAGGUUGGCCUGGAUGAGCAGGUUUAUGAUCCCUUAUUCGUAACUUUGCUCGUUGCCCAAAUGCUUACGCAUCAUCCUCCAACUUCGUCGCUUGAAUGGGUGCAGACGUUCCGAUCGAACGUUUUUAGUUUGCUUAUCCGCUGCUUGUCUGCAAAAGAUGAAAAGAUUCGUGAAGCCUCGCUUGGUUUGUUGGCAAGGGUGUGGAAAUCUGUAGAGCUUUCGGAAAUGCAAGAAAAGCAGCACGCGCUGUACAUCUUUAACCUCCUGAAGAAUCUUAUCAAGCCCUCAUCCGAUGGUCCUCCCUUACGGUUACCUUCGUUUGCAUCGUUGAUCCUAUCUCACGCUCUUCGUGGGGUGUUUUAUCCUUCCAAUUUUAUCUACCCACGCACGGCGCGUUUCCUUCUUCAGCGCCCAGAACUCGACGUGACUGAUGUGCCAAUGCUAUAUGGCAUGCUUUAUGGCAGUUCGGAUAACUGGAAGAAAGAGCGUGGAUGGAUCGUUAGGUUCCUUUCUGACGGCAUGAUGAGUACAGAAGAUUGGAAGGUGCUUAAACGUCGACAUACAUGGGAUCUUCUUUCCAGUCUUGUGCAGAGCUCAGUUCGCGAUCAAGCGUUACGACGCGCAGUACUGGAGGUGCUCGCCAACCUGACUUCCAAUGUCCAGGCAACGACUUCUCUCGUUUUGAAGUCAUCUCUUCUAUCCUGGAUCGAGAUGCAAGUAAAAAUACCACACAUCAACGAAGACACUCUUGCCUGGCUAAAGAUCCUUGAAAACAUUCUGACCACAGCCAAUACUGCGAAACUGCAGCGGGCUACGAACGGUCAGUGGCAAGAUGCUCUGUGCAGAUGCUUGUCGCUGGUUUUACAGAAUUGCAAUGCGCCAUCGCUCCCCAUUCUUCAACAAGCCGCUCGCGUCACGCUACGAUUAAGUCUAGCGUCUCAGACCUCAAUUUUUCAUCUGUCAGAUGUUUUCAGGGUGGUAAUUGGCAUUCUCGAGCAACUGGAGCAUUGCAUAGAUUUCAGCAAGUCUAGUUCGGUCAACGGACCUGCCAUCCCUUCUAAGCCGCCGUACCACGGUCAUGGGUUGCAUAUUCAACCACCAGUACCCGAUCCCCUGCGUGCGUGGGGUGGUAUUGUCGAGGACUUAUGGCAGGCGAGUAUGGGGCUCGACGAAAAUUUUGUGAAAUGGGAUGCCCUGACAGGCAGGCUACUACAUUGGAGAGGUAUCGUCGGUGAGGAUGGCAGCCCAAUGGGUGAAUGGGCGAGACUGGAAGCUGUCCGAGUAUCUCUGUCAUCGAUAACCAACUGCGUCCAAUCAACGCAGAUGGCGUGA